UAAAAGAAGGGUAUUUAAGUAAAAUUACCCUUUAUGCCAUCUGUCUAUAGAAACAAAAGGCCAUUAAUUUAAGAUUGCUAGUAGUGACUCUUUUAGUACUCCUCAUACUUCUUUGAAUCACUUCAAAAUUUCAUAUUUCAGAGGAAAAAAGGGAAAAGAAAAAGGAAACCUUAAGGAAGCUUUGAGGAACAAUAAUGGCCAUUUUUAGGACUUGUACUACUACUACUACUUGUCCUACAUAUCAACUCUUAUUGGCUUCUCUUUUGCUCACAUUAUUAUUUCAAGCUAAUAAAGUCUUGUGUUCUAAGUACAAAGUUGGAGAUUUAGAUUCUUGGGGAAUACCCACUUCAGCAAAUCCACAAGUCUAUGUCAAAUGGUCAAAAUACCACACUUUCAAGAAUGGAGAUUCUCUAUUGUUUUUGUACCCACCAAGUCAAGAUUCAGUGAUUCAAGUCAGCAAACAAUCCUACAACAGCUGCAACCUUAAAGAUCCAAUUUUGUACAUGGACAAUGGAAAUUCUUUGUUUAACAUAACUUCAGAAGGAGAAUACUUCUUUACAAGUGGAAAGCCUGGUCAUUGUGAAAAGAAGCAAAAGCUUUACAUUUUGGUUGGGAAUGGCACUGCCACAGCAUUCUCUCCCUCUUAUGGUCCCUCUGCAUCAGACUCUGCUGCACCUUCAUAUCAAACAGCCUUUGGCACCAUCCCAGCUCCACCUUCUUCAUCAUCUUCAUUGAGUUUUUCACUUUCCAUGGCUGUUUGUAUUGGAUUUUUGGUACUUUGCAAUAUUUGGUAAAACCAUAUGAAAACUACACCCCUUAUAUUUCUGUUUUGGGUAAUUUUGAUAUUGAUAUUGGUUUAUGUGAAAUUAUUGGUUUUGUAAUUCUUUAUUGGGGAUAAAAAGGAAAGAUUUUGUAUUUGUAUUGACAAAGAUUGAAGCUUGAAUUGAGUUUUACAAAGUUGUUGUAUAAAGUUUUGGAAAUUUAUGUAUUAAACCCUUAUACUUAAAGGGUUGUUAUG